AUGGCCGCAAGCAGGUACCUCCGCACCGACUACAACGUAGCAUGGAUCUGUCCGCUGCCGGACGUCGAACUGAUACCCGCAAGACUGAUGCUUGACGAGCAUCAUGACCCUCCCUCUAUCGAUACAAACUACGACGACAACACCUAUAUCUGUGGCACUAUCAAGGGCCACCGCGUCGUUAUCGCUGCUCUCCCGAGAGGCUUGACCGGCAAUGUGAAUGCCGGUAGGCUAACAGGGUCACUGUUCAAGUCCUUCCCGAACAUCAAAAUAGCCCUGCUUGUGGGAAUUGGCGGAGGCGUCCCUCGAUCCGAGCCAUCGAACGACCCCCUUGAGGACAUCCAUCUCGGUGAUGUAGUGGUAGGCUGGCCUGGUGAUGGAAAGCCAGGCGUCAUUUACCACGACCUGGGUCGAGCGAUGGUGAACGACGAGUUUGAGAUAGUGGGGGCGAUGGACAAACCGGAAUGGAGGAUACUCAAUGCACUUAGCCUGCUAUCGUCUAAUCAAGAGAUGGAGAUGACUGCUUUCCCCGAACAGCUAUCGAGGCUGCAAGGGAGGCCUAAGUUCGCGAUGCCUGAUGUGAAGCAGGAUCGGCUCUUUCAGGCAAGCUACCACCAUGUCGGCGACAAAGGGUCCAGCUGCGAAUCUUGCGAUCUCGCCCAACUCGUUCAACGUCCCGUCCGCACGGACGAACAAAGGAAGACAUUUGUGUUCCAUCAGGGGAGAAUUGCGACUGCACCCUGGCGAGUUCCAUUUCAGAGGAACCAGCGCUUCGUCGGCCGUGAAGCCGAGAUUCAGGCGCUUAGCCAAAUGCUAUCAUCGUCAGAAACCUGCGAGCGAGCCGCAAUUUGGGGCCUUGGCGGAUGUGGCAAGACUGCAAUCGCCCUGGAGUUCGCUUACAGGACAAGGAAGCAACAUCCUCGCUGCGCCGUAUUCUGGGUGCCAGCAAUCAGCCGAAAGAGCUUUUUGGAUGCUUACCGAGAUAUUGGCAUGCUCUUACAAAUACCCAACAUUCAGGAUGAAGAUGCAGACGUCAAGCAGCUUGUCCAACGGGAGCUCAGCGGUGAGCGCUCAGGCCAAUGGCUCAUGGUUGUUGAUAAUGCCGACGACAUUGAUGUCCUCUUUCAAGAAGACACCGAUGGCACUCGGUUGAUUGACUGUCUCCCAAACGGCCGCAGAGGCUCCCUUCUAUUCACGACUCGCACUCGCAAAGCUGCCACUGCAGAAGCUGAGAACAACAUAAUCCCGCUCCCUGAAAUGGAAAAAAACGAAGCUAGAAAGGUCUUGGAAAAAUCAUUGUUGAAAAAGUCGCUAAUGGAGGAUGAUGCAAUCGACAAGUUCCUGGAGGACCUUUCGUAUCUUCCCCUCGCCAUCGUCCAAGCCGCGGCUUUUAUCAACCAGAACGACAUUUCGAUCUCGAAGUAUACGUCUUUGCUUCAAAAUCAGGAUGAGAUCAUCGAGCUUCUAAGCGAAAACUUUGAAGACUAUGGGCGAUACCGGGAGACAAAGAAUCCGAUCGCGACAACAUGGAUCAUUUCUUUUGAUCAGAUUCGGACGCAGGAUCCGCUUGCCGCACGGAUCCUUUCAUUCAUCUCGUGUAUACUACGCGAGAACAUACCAGCCUCUCUGCUACCACAUGGAAACUCUGAGGUAAAGCAAACGAAAGCGAUUGGAACAUUGACUGCAUACGCCUUUAUCACGGAACGGGAGAAUCAGCAGCAGAAGCACAAAUCAUACGACACCCACCGGCUCGUACAUUUGGCAACCCAGAACUGGCUGAAGAUGAAUCAGCAGUGGACGUUCCAAGUCCAAGAAGUAAGCACACAGCUAUUGGAAAUCAUGCCUGAUCACGACCCUAAGACAAGGGAGACAUGGGCACCAUAUCUACCACACGCGCUAUGUGUUGCAACGAGAGCUGAGGAAGUUGAGAUAAAGAAGCUAGGAGAGUUGUGGUCUUGGAUAGGCAACUGCCAGGACGCUCUUGGACAUUACGGUGCAUCUGAAGAGCCUUUUCGUAAAGCCCUCCAGAUAACAGAAAAAGAGAUGGGGAAAGAGCAUCCAAGAACACUGGAGCUCAUGUUGAGCUUUGCAGGGGCUCUACGUAAGCGGCGUAAACACGUCGAGGCUGAACAGGUUCUGCGGAAAGUGGCAGCAUUAAGGGAGAGGACUCUAGGAAGAGAGCACUCUGAAACUCUGGACACCAUGGUAGAAAUUGGAAAUACUCUCGUAUGGCAAGAAAAGUUUGCCGAGGCCGAGCAAGUGCACCGCGAAGUGCUAGUACUAAGAGAGAAGGAGCUUGGGAAGCAACACGAAGACACGCUGGAAUCCAUGGCUGGCUUAGCAGACGCUCUAGUGGGCCAGGAUAAGUACGAUGAGGCUGAAAGGCUGUACAGAGAGGUAUUGGCAAAGUGGAAGAAAACUCCAGUGGAGAUUGACCAUCAGCUUUUAGCAAGCAUGAACAGUCUUGCAAUCGUCCUCUCCUACCAGAGAAAGGUCAUUGAGGCCGAGGAGAUGUAUCGACAAUGUCUAGCAUUGGCCACCGAUUUCUACGGUAAAAACCAUCCCAACACGCUCAGAGCUAUGGGAAACCUAGCAGUUUUAUUUCAGGAUCGGGAAAAUUACGUCGAGGCUGAGGAAAUGUUCCGGAAGGCUGCAACAUUAAGUGAGGAGCUAUUGGGUAGAGAGGAUCCUAGAACACUUGAGUUUAUGGAAGAGCUAGAAAGGGUUUUAAAACUUCAGGGGAAAAAUAUCGAGGCCCAAGAGAUAGACCAGGUGGUUUUGCGUUGA